AUGAUCGGGCCGACCUCCUUGUCGAUAGUGAAUGCAGUCAAAAGAAAGCGGCAACAGCAACGACCUGUACAGAAGACAACUCAAACUACGGAACGUGAGAAUAUGAAACAACAGGAUAAAGACACGGAAGUGGUCAAAGAAGAGCAACAGAUAGAAGAUCAGGGAACACGUAAAAGAGGGCGACAAGUCAAACAAAUACAGCAGACAGAAAACCAGCAGCCGCUUCCAUUUUCAUCAUGUUCAUCCGAAUUAUCGUCUCUGCCGUCACCGUUAUCAACUGCAUCCUCACCAUCGCGAGAUCCAAAUGUUUUUUCAUUCUCUGCUACAUCUCUACCAGAAUCUCCGACUAUCGCAUCUCCUUCAACCUCGAUCGAACAGUCUUCUGGAAUGACACGUGUAAAAAUGUUACUAAGUCAGAUGGACAACAUGUCACUCGGUUACUUUGGGAAACUAGUCGACGAUAAUUACGACGAGGAAUGGAUGAGUGAAUGUUGUUUGACUGAUCUGCACGGUCAGCAGAAUCAAAUGGAGCAACAGCCUUCUUUGCGUGGUUGCUAUCCAACAUGGUCUCAUCAAGACGAAUGUGAAUGGAAAGCAUGGAUGCAAGAAGUAGAAGCUGAAAUAUCACGCAAAUGCCUCGAUAGUGAUGGUACAAAUAAGGCACAAGAGAUGCUGGAGAUAGUAGGGAACAUGGACAUAUUGGAAAUCAAACAAUUUCUUAAUUUGUUGAAUGAAUGUUGGGUAUAA